GCACGCUGAGCGGGCUUCAGCCCUAAUCUCCCGCCGCUAGCGCAGGAGGAGUUAACUGGCGGGGCCCGGAGCGCCCGAGGAGGAAGGAAGGAAAUUUUCGCAGUUUUGAAAGUUUUUCACUUCCUCUCUUCUUUGUCCCGCAGAGGUGAGUGCCAGGAAGCUGCGGCGGCCGCAGCGCCGACUUCUCCUCAGCUGAGCUUGCGCUGGGUUCCCGCGGCCCUCCACGGCCUGUGUGGGGACCGCGCAGCCUCGGGCUCCCACCUCCGCCUCGGACCUCUUCGAGUGCGCGCGCCAAGCCAUGGAGGGCGCAGACCUGGCCGGGAAGAUCCUGUCCACCUGGCUGACGCUGGUGCUCGGCCUCAUCUUGCUACCCUCGGCCUUCGGCCUGUCGCUGGGCAUCUCAGAGAUCUACAUGAAGAUUCUGGUGAAAACUUUAGAGUGGGCCACGCUACGCAUUGAAAAAGGAGCCUCAAAGCAGUCAGUUCUUAAAAAUUCAGCUUCUGUGGGUAUUAUCCAAAGAGAUGAGUCACCCAUGGAGAAGGGGCUCUCUGGUCUGCGAGGAAGGGACUUUGAGCUCUCUGACGUGUUUUAUUUCUCCAAGAAGGGAUUGGAAGCCAUCGUGGAAGAUGAAGUGACCCAGAGGUUUUCCUCAGAGGAGUUAGUGUCAUGGAAUCUCCUCACAAGAACCAAUGUAAAUUUCCAGUACAUCAGCCUGCGUCUCACCAUGGUGUGGGUGCUGGGUGUCUUAGUCCGCUAUUGUGUCCUACUGCCUCUGAGGGUUACCUUGGCUUUUUUUGGGAUUGGUUUGCUGGUCCUUGGAACCACGUUGGUUGGACAGCUGCCAGACAGCAGCCUCAAAAACAGGUUGAGUGAACUGGUGCAUCUGACCUGCUGUCGCAUCUGUGUGCGAGCCCUGUCUGGUACCAUUAACUAUCAUAACAAGCAAUACAGACCCCAGAAGGGAGGCAUUUGUGUUGCCAACCACACCUCCCCAAUAGAUGUUUUGAUCUUAACAACAGAUGGAUGUUACGCCAUGGUUGGCCAGGUUCAUGGUGGAUUGAUGGGUGUAAUUCAGAGAGCUAUGGUCAAGGCGUGUCCACAUGUCUGGUUUGAACGCUCCGAGAUGAAGGACCGACACCUGGUUACUAAGAGAUUGAGAGAACAUAUUGCGGAUAAGAAAAAAUUACCCAUAUUAAUCUUUCCUGAAGGCACCUGCAUCAAUAAUACUUCAGUUAUGAUGUUUAAAAAGGGAAGCUUUGAAAUUGGAGGGACCAUUCAUCCUGUGGCCAUCAAGUAUAAUCCUCAGUUUGGGGAUGCAUUUUGGAACAGCAGUAAAUACAACAUGGUGAGCUACCUGCUUCGAAUGAUGACCAGCUGGGCCAUUGUCUGUGACGUGUGGUACAUGCCCCCCAUGACCAGAGAGGAAGGAGAAGAUGCAGUUCAGUUUGCAAACAGAGUUAAGUCUGCUAUUGCCAUACAAGGAGGACUGACUGAGCUACCUUGGGAUGGAGGGCUGAAACGAGAGAAGGUGAAGGACAGCUUCCGGGAAGAACAGCAGAAGAAUUACAGCAAGAUGAUUGUUGGCAAUGGCUUGCUCCACUCAAAAUCGGACGGAUGACAUCUUGCAGAUAAACUUGGCUUCUCAGAAAACUUCCCUUAGAAAUGGAUUUUUUUUUUUUUUUUUUUUUUGUGGUGGUAGGAUUGUUUCGUUUUCAUUUUUAAUUUUUUCUACAGGAUGAUUGUUUCUGCCUCUUUGUGGGCAGAGGGAGAAUUUACAGGUACCCAUUUGGCUUUUGUUGUUCUAGAAUUAGCCCCUUGCAUUGUCAGGUAGUUCACGGAGUUCAAGUUCAGUCUUUCAUAAAAUGAUUGCAUCAUUAUUGAUUGAACGAAAAUACUUUAUGAAGGAACAGGUGCUUCUAAAAUGUGUUUGGUACUUGUUGAUAUAAUGAUUUUUAAAAAAUAUCCCGAAUUCUGUUUGCAUAUUUUUUGCCUCCCUUCAAACUUUUCAAUGGUAGCAUGGUGCACACAUCCAUGCCGAGUUACCAUUAUGGUUCUGUUCUACCUGUCGCAAGGUCCGAAGGGUCACCUGAUCUGAGAGUGGAAAGAAAAUGUAACUUAUUUUUUUUGCUGAUAUAUUGGAAGAGAAAUACUAUUUGGCUAGCUUCACCAAAGAAAAAUAAUUUAAUUGUGUGUAUGCAUGUAUAUGUAGGCAACUCCCCAAAUCAGGGCUUUGAAGUUAUAAAG